CACAGCAGGUCCUAUCUCACCGCCAGCUCGCUUUCCACCAUCGAGCAGCCUCUUAGCAAGAACAAGAUGUCGACAACACAUGGAUACCUGGGCGUUACGCCCCCGAUCUCGACGAACGAGUCCAAUGAGAGGGAGAAGGAGGUAUCAGUCUCACUGUUGGAGGAGCUCCGGAGACAGGGUACCUUCGAGAGUGAGGAGGAAGCAAAGACUAGAGAAAUCGUCCUCGGCCGUCUCGCUGCACUGGUUAAGAAGUUUGUGCACAAGGUUUCGAAGGCGCAAGGAAUGUCAGACAGUGCAGCCACCGCCGCAGGUGGCAAGAUCUUCACGUUCGGUUCAUAUCGCCUGGGCGUUCACGGUCCCGGCUCGGAUAUCGAUACCCUAUGCGUCGUUCCCCGGCACGUUUCGCGAGAAGACUUCUUCGAUGUGUUUGAAGAGAUGCUGAGGACUACCGAAGGCGUGACGGAAGCAUCCGGCAUUCCCGACGCCUAUGUACCAAUUAUCAAAACCAAGGUCUCCGGUAUACCCAUCGAUCUGGUCAUGGCCCGUCUAGCCUUGUCUGUAAUACCGGAUGAGCUGUCUCUUCAAGAUGAUGAAUUGUUGCGUAAUCUAGAUGAGCGCUGCGUGCGAAGUUUGAACGGCUCUCGAGUGACGGAUGAGAUUUUGCGGUUGGUCCCUAACGUUACGGUAUUCCGAGAUUCAUUGCGAUGCAUCAAGCUCUGGGCACAACGGAGAGCCAUUUACUCGAACGUGAACGGAUUUCUGGGUGGUGUUGCUUGGGCUAUGUUGGUUGCUCGAAUAUGUCAGCUGUACCCUAAUGCGAUUGCAGGAGCAAUUGUCAGCCGCUUUUUCAUUAUUAUGUAUCAAUGGUCUUGGCCGCAACCUGUGCUGCUGAAGCAAAUCGAAGACGGUCCCUUGCCAGUCAGGGUCUGGAACCCGAAGCUAUAUCCUGCCGAUAGGGCACAUCGCAUGCCGAUCAUUACUCCCGCCUAUCCAUCAAUGUGCGCAACCCACAACGUUACCGCGUCAACGCAAAUGAUCAUGACAGAAGAGUUCAAGAAAGGUUCCGAAAUUGUUGACAAGGUGAUCGUUGGAAGCGCGAGCUGGUCGGAACUCUUCGCGAAGCACGACUUCUUCCACAAGUACCGCUAUUAUUUGCAAAUUAUAGCUUCUACAGGCAGCCCUGAGUUACAGAUCAAAUGGUCUGGUACAGUGGAGUCUCGGAUACGACAACUGGUGAUGAAGCUUGAAUAUGUCGAUUCAUUGACGCUCGCGCAUCCGUUCAUCAAGGGGUUCGAGCAAAUACACUACUGUCUUUCAGACGAGGAGGUGCGAGCGGUGGCACAAGGCGAGAUUCCCGAAGCAGUGGCGAAGCGUAAGAAGGAAGAAAUUGAAGGCAAGGAAGGUGCAAGCACUGUGUAUUCGACAACAUUUUAUAUUGGACUUGCCAUUGCGCCAAAGCAACCUGGUGCUAUUGGCCCUCGCAAGCUAGACAUAUCGUAUCCUACGACAGAGUUCACCAAACUGGUGAAGAUGUGGGAGAAGUACGAAGAACACUCCAUGGGUAUUGUUGUCAGAAACAUCAAGAGCUCUGCGCUGCCCGAUUACGUCUUCGACGCAGGCGAGCGGCAACCUCGGUCUGCACAGAAGCGGCCAAAGCACAAGGGUACGGACAAGUCGAACGGCACUUCGCCCGAUGUGCCCAACAAGAAAAGACGGGCAUCAAAUUCAGUAUCCGAGUCGCUCUCCACCACGCCGAUCGCAGCGCAUCCCCUCAAAACAACUCAAAACGGAGUGGCUAUUGCGUCCACCUUGUCGACGCCUCCGCCAGCUGAGUAUCGCCCAGCAAAUACUGGAAUAUACACCUCAAGCGUCAAGGACUUGUCUCAGAUCAAGUCGCCGCAGCUCCCGCUUGGAGAGAACGUCGCUGUGGCCACUGGCGUCACGGCACCAUAACAGCGAGCCUCUAGACAUUUUUUGGUUGUUCAUCCUACAUGGCUGCAAUACGCAAGCAAUCAAGGCCGAGGCGUCUAGACAAGUCCAUGCACUUCUUCCUAUAGUACAAUGUUUGCUUCUGGUUGGUUUAUUCAUCUUUUUCUGGCCUACAGGUGUCCUCGCUGGCUCGAAGGUCGGCCGUCUGCUCUCGGAAAGUGUCUAUGGACGACAUGUUAUCUUCGGGUGCAUAUCGGCCUUCCUGUCGGCUGGCAUGGUCCUAAUCCGAAGAAUGUUAUUCUCCUGUACUUUCGUAGCAAUCGCUAGCUGCUCUGUAUUAUAACCGUAAAUCUAUCAAUAUCUUGUUGGACAAUGACUUAUUU